UCAGCAUAAUUAACAAGGUGGCAACAGAUCAAUUAUGGCUAAACACGCGGUGCUGUCAUCGGGUGCAAACAUGUGGAGACGUCUGGCCUGUGCAAAGUCAGAGCUGCGUCUGGAUCUCACUCUUGCCUGUGGACAAUCUUUCCGCUGGAGGGAGACUGCAGAGGGCCACUGGACCGGAGUGAUAGGAGGACGAGUGUGGACUCUGACCCAGACAGAUGACACUCUAUGGUACCACGUUUACAAAAGCCACCACGGCAGGCCGGAGGAGGGAAGUUCAAGUGCCAGGAAGAAGAGAGCUGGUGUUACUCUCCAGAAGGAAAUCAAGUCAGAGAUGAGCUUUAAAGGGGCUUUGAAGAAGGAAGAGGAGGAGGAGCCGGUGGCUGUGACCCCAUUGCAGGACAUUGAGGAGGAAGAAGAGAUGCUGAGAGAUUACUUCCAGCUGAAUGUUAAACUGGGGGAUCUGUACAAGGAGUGGGGAGCAGCAGACCCCCACUUCAAGCAUAUUGCAGACAUUUUCACUGGUGUGCGAAUGCUACGCCAGGACCCCACUGAAUGCCUGUUUUCCUUCAUCUGCACCUCCAACAAUCACAUCUCUCGUAUCCAGGGCAUGGUUGAGCGACUGUGUCAGGCUCUGGGUGUCCCACUGUGCCAGCUGGAUCAAACCUCUUACUACAACUUUCCCUCCCUGUCUGCGCUUGCAGACAGCAGCGUAGAGGCCUGUCUACGGGAACUUGGUUUUGGAUACAGGGCUCGGUUCCUGCAGCAGAGUGCGAAACAGAUUCUGGACACCCAUGGGCUCCAGUGGCUUGAAGGUCUACGAGGUGUCCCAUAUCUACAGGCCCGUGAUGCUCUGCGUACUCUCCCUGGUGUGGGCACCAAGGUGGCAGACUGUGCAUGUCUGAUGUCCCUGGAUAAGCUAGAGGCCGUGCCCGUCGACACACAUGUGUGGCAGAUUGCAAAGCGUGACUACAAAUAUGGUUCUGGCAGCGGACAGAAAAGCAUCACAGAUAAACUUCACAAAGAUAUUGGGGAUUUUUUCAGAAAGCUGUGGGGUCCUUAUGCUGGUUGGGCACAGUCGGUGUUGUUCUGUGCUGACCUCAAGAAGUUCCAAAAUCUGAAAGAAAUGCUGCAUCAGAAGAAGCAAAAAAAAGAGGAAGACGGUGAAGGAGAGAGGAUGGUAGCAUGUAAGAAAACAAAAAGAAAAACAGAAGAAAAUGGAACUGUGAAAAACAGGAAAACUAAGUCAGCGUGUCACAAGAGCACAAAGAAGUCUGUUAAGGAUGAGAAGGUGGUGUGAGGUAAACAAGCCUCUUACAUAAGGAUUCACAUCAGCACCAGGCAUUUUCCACACACCUUUUUAACUGAGCUUCAUUUGAAAACCCCACUGUCAUGUCACACCAUGUUUGAAAAUGAAAUAUAUAAAGGAUGCCAGGAACGUGACAUAAAAAACCUCAGGUUAAUGUACAUAUAUUGUUUAUAUUGUUUACUGUAAACCCCCUACUUUACUACUACUUUUACUGUAACCACUCUACUUUCCUGCU